CAAUUAUUUUGUGUGAGCCGAAGUUGAAUAAAUAAAAUUUGGAAAUUCUUUUAAUGUUUCUAUAAAUUAUUCUGUCUUGAAAUAAUUUAUUUUAUUUAUAACAUCACUAACAACGUGUUACGAGAAAAAAGGUUGUUUAAACGGUGUUUAAUGCACUAUAUAUAACAUGGCUAAAAUGGAAGUUGAUGAUGUUGUGGACUUAAGUGUUGGGUCUAGUCGAGACCCAGCACUUACAAUAACUUCAGCUUCGAUUCGAGAUGUUAGAUCUUUGCCCCAAAAUUCUGGCCUCACGAUUACACCUGCAACCUCACUGCCCUGCUCUAAUAUAGCUAGCAGUAACGCAGACCUAGCAUUACAGGAGGAAAAUAAAGUACAACGCAGAGUUCUUAGACCACGGACGGAGCCUAAGUCCUACGCAGAAGCGCCAGACAUAGUUUUAUUGCCUGCACGAUUGAACGGACGCCAGCAUAAUGGAAAUAUAGAUUCCGAAACAGAUGAUGAAGAUUCGGCAUCAUACGUUCCAAUUAAGGAACUCUCUCCUGCAGAAAUCGAAGAGCGCGAAAAGGGACUACGUAAACUUCGAGAAGAUUUGAGAAAUGAGGAAACCAAAUUGGUGUUACUUAAAAAACUUAAACAAUCCCAACAUGUAAUGAAGGAAAACUUAGCACUUAAUCCCGUUACUCCUUCAAGUAACCCUUUGACCAUUAUUCCAACUGCCCUUACUUCGAAAGGCUCAUUGAGUGUGACUCCUACUACAGUUUCAUCAGCGUCGAGUCACUCUAAAAGUCGUUCUACUAACGUAAAUAUAAACACAACAAGUAGUCGUAAUACAACAUCUUCUCCAUCUACAAUGGCAACUUCAUCACCUUCGUUCAAUCGUACGAGCUCUUCAGUUCUUCCACCUCCUCGCUCCUCACUUCCAGGUGGAACUACAUUAACUACUCAUUCCACACAUAGGAUUCAUUCUCGUUCGAAUCUUCCGAAUCUAACCAUUACCCCUUCAGUUACAAUUACGCCGACGACGGCUCCACCGUCUGGAAUAAAACAACGUAAUAUUAAUAUUUCUGAAAAUUCGAAGCUAUCUGGUAUGAUUAAUAACUCCGUUUCCAUAACUCCCUCUUCCAACCUUCUACAACAAAAUCAACAGCAACAAGAUAUGAAGAGUGAUCGUACAAGUUCACGCGAUGAGGUAUUGACACCAGCGCAGAGGCAAGCUGCUGCAAAGUUGGCUUUGCGGAAGCAAUUGGAAAAAACGCUUCUACAAAUUCCGCCCCCAAAACCUCCUCCCCCGGAGAUGCACUUCAUUCCAAAUCCGAGUAAUACAGAGUUUGUUUAUUUACUGGGGUUGGAAACAGUUGUCGAUUAUUUAACAACCAACAAUAAAAAACAAACGGCAGUGGUGCCGCCUUUCCAUUGCGCACAGUGCAAAAUCGAUUUUACUCCUGUUUGGAAAUGGGAUAAACAGAUGAAUAAAGAAGCAAAGGUCAUAUGUGAACAGUGUGUAACAACUAACGUUAAGAAGGCUUUAAAAGCCGAGCAUACAAACCGAUUAAAGCAAGCAUUCGUUAAGGCCCUUCAACAGGAACAAGAAAUUGAACAACGGAUAACUAGUCAAGGCAGUCCAUCGCCUGUCGAAGCCCAUAGUUCUACGCCGUCAACUGGUCAAACCCAACAGCUUCCAAUGAUACCAUUGCAUCAGCAACAACAGUCUACUACAAGCGCUCUCGCUAAUUUGCCACCUUCUGUUACCGUUAUUCCAACAAAAUGUCAUACACCCACACCUACAGUUGCUUCCCGACCGACACCGCCACCAUGUAUCCAACAAACACCAACUCCUCCUCCAUCCACUACUCCACGUUCUUCGCGUAAUCAACAAACAGCAUCACAGCCCACACCAAAUCCAUCAAGCCAAAUACAGCAACGUGAGAGAGAGCAAGUUCAACAACAACAGCAAUAUACAACUGCGGCGCUGGCCGCUGCUGCUGCUCAGCUUAGUGCCCUUGGCAGCUUACCUGGUUUAAAUAACCUUGCCAGUUUAGGUAGUUUAGGUAAUAUUGGUCAAUUGGGUAAUUUCUCAUCAUUAGGAGGAUUAGCGAACAUACCUGCAGCUGCAUCAGCAAAUCCUUCGUCAAGCGGAUUGGGCAAUGCAUCGUCGGCAGCUCAAGCCGCAGCAUUCCAAGCAUUUCAGCAACAACUUCUUCGAGCUCUGGGCCAGGGGUUAGCUGCCAAUCCACAACAUAUGAUGCAGUUCACACCGCUUCUUUACUCAUACCAAAUGGCAAUGGCUCAAGCGGCACAAGUUGCAGCUUUCACUAAUAAGAAGAACUCGUCUUCCUCAUCUUCAAAGAGUCAAUCAUCUAAUUUGGCUGACAUUCAACGUGCUGCCGAGCUUCAGAGGCAAUACUUAAUGGAAAUGAUACCACCUCCACAGGCUCCAGGAUCCGGUAACAAUCGUCAAAAUAAUUGGAAAACAUAAAUAUCAAAAUAAAUAUGAAAUACCAUUUUAAAUUUCUAAAAAAAAAAAAACAUUUAACAACAUUGGCUCCUUAAGUUUUAGACGUUUUAAAAGGAGCAUACGUUUUUUAAUUUGAAAUUAGUUUAUACUUUAGUUUUGCCCACAUUUUAGUUGAAAGUAUGUAGUUUCUGAUAGGACCAUACAUAUAGUGUUCUGAUUUGGUAUUUCUUAUAAAUAGUUAUUGAUUUAAUUGAUAUUUAUUAAAAGAAUUUGAAGUUGAUUAGAAAAUACAAAAUUAAAGAAAUGUAAGGUGAAUAAAUGGAACGAACGACGCUCAAUACAUGAUUAUUAAAAUAAAUAUUGUAUUUACUAUUCCAUCUUUAAAAUAAAAAUAUAACAUAACAAUUUACAUACAUUUUCUCCAGUAUAUGAAUAUUUGUAAAUUAUUUUGAAUAAAACAAUCACAGAUAUUCAUAGUUCAGCUUUGAAUUAAAACUAGCGAUAUUCUUAUCAAUA